AUGCCCAGCUUCGACUACUGGGAUAUAGAAGAGAUACUUGCGGAGGAACAAGAUGUGGUCAUCAAGAGCAAUCAAGAUAUAGCUGGUGGUGGAAAAUUGUAUCCUUGCACCGGGGCAGCCAAGCCACGAGAUCUCAAGCAAGGAGCAAAGGUGACGGUGCCCUACUGGCUAGCGGAGAAGCUUUAUCGCCGCAAUGCUGUGGAGUUGGACUUGCCGGCUACCUUUGAUGAGGCAAUUCAAGAGACUCUGCAGACGGAUCCAGCGGUGUGUCGUCUAGGUGGACCGCAUGCAGCGGGCGCGAUCGGUGACAAGAGCUACCACUACUUUGAGGUGGGCAUGAAGCUGGCCUUCCUCAUGAAGAAUCCAAAGCUUCAGGAAAUUCUGAUCAACGCCUAUGUACAGCGCUUUAACACCCUGCUCUCGCUGAGCUUUAGCUUGGGGGAAGCGAACCGAUCCUCUUUCCGGAAAGCAGUGCCCAGCCAAUUCCUGCAAUCUUUGACAGGUGUUGAAGAAGACAUGUGUCGUGGCUUGCGGGAGGCAGAGACUCAUUACGAGCGCUGGCACAGCAGCUUCAGCUCUUAUGUGACCGAAGCUUCUCAUGUUGCAGAAGUUCCCGCCUUCUUGAAACGGGCACGGCUUGUGUCCUUUUGCAAGCUUUUGCUCCAUCGCCAGAAACUCUUCUGCUUCCUGGGUCCUUCUCCAGCAAUGCUGGCAAUAUGCCCUUUGCUCGCAGAGGAUGAGAGUCAGGUGUAUCGGACGCAGUUGCAGCCUGGUUCCAUGGUUGUAGUGCGUGGGGAGGCCUGCAGCUGCUCGUUGAAUCCGCAGCUCUCAGAGCCUUGCGUGCUGGUGGAGGUUGAUUUCUUCCCAGAGAUGAAGCACGCUCCAUUUGAGUCAGCCUCUGACCGAGAGAAUGUGCCGGAAGAGUGGAUCAAGCUCGCCAGACAGACAUUCAUGAGGAGCAGACCGAUGAAGAUUCUGGAGAUCUCGCACCAAUUGCCGUGUGGAGUGGGCGCUGAGACCUCCAAAUGGGAAGGGACUGCUUUGGGUGGUUUUGACUGCAUCAGCGAGAUUCCCAAGUCGAAAUGGGAUCUCGAUGCGUUUGGACCUAAGACCCAAGGACAUCAAAUUGUGCAAAUUUUUGCAAGUUCUCUAGUUUAUGCAGAAGAAAUUCUGAUUCUAGAGAAAUUGUCGGGUCCAAUCACUGUCCAAUCGUCAUUGCACCGAGAUGAUUGCGCACAUCUUUUCUCAGACUGCUUUGAAACUUUCUGA